AUGUCAGCGACAUCAGUUGAAGGAAUAUUCUCGAGAUGCCGUAGCUCGGCAGAAACGGGGCCGGCACUGUUGGUUGUUGAGCUUUUGAGCAUACUCCAAGCCGACACCAGGGGCUUUGGGCGAUUCCUAGGCGAAAUGCAAGACCAGUAUCGCGGUCUUAAUACUGAAGAACAACACAUCCACGGCCCUUUGACGCAGGCUCGUCGGGAGCGUCGUCUUCGAUUCGAGAGCUACACUCUCUCUGCCUCUAUUGCAUCGUCGCGAUCUGGUAGCACGUCGCGCGUCUUGUUUCCUGCGCAAACAGCGACAAACCAGAAUCCCAUUGAGAUCAGUUCUGAUGAGGAAUCGGUGCCAAGCCUGGGCCAGCUGGCCCAUAAUUCGGUCAACAACAAUGUCAUUACGAUAUCAGAUGAUGAGGAAUGGGUGUCUGCGGAGGAGGGUGUGAAUUCUUUGGAAGAUGAGACACUCUCAUUAUCAUCUCUUUCUCUGUUUCCUUGUAUCAUCUUGUUCAAUCGCCAGCUUAGUUUCACACACGGCCUCGCCGGAAAGCUUAUACAGAUGGCUCAUCCCAGUAGUCUUCGCCCCUGA